AACAUGAGGUAGUAUGACGGCCUCCAGCCACUAGGGAGCAACAGCAGGUACACUGGAGGUUGGGCUCACACGUUAGACCUCAUAGUGCAGUGGUGCUGUGGCUGUGAGGGAGACUGCUUGCAAAAACAAACAUUUUAUCUGUUUCAGAUCCAAAAUGGAUAAUGGCAGUGAACCCCCACAGAUACAUUUUUGUGACACUUGCAAGGUGACGUGUACAAGCGAUUGUGAUUUAAAGCAUCAUAAGGCGGGUCGUAAACACAAAUUGAGAUUGAAAACCGAGAAGGAGACUAGGUUGAAUCCAGCAAACACCUAUCCUCCAGAUUCUAGCCUAGGCUUCCUGAGGCAGAAGGCUGGUGGAUUACCCCACCGUACCACCAACUCCCCUCUGCAAAAUUCAAAAACCCUGGAGCAGUGUCUUCAAAUUAGUCAUCCGCACGCCCCUGUUAUUGGUCUGCAGCAUGUGGUUGAGUUCCGCAACCCCAACAAUGAGUUCCCUCCACAUUACUUAUGCAAGCUGUGUAAAGUCAAAGGAAGCGUGAACAUCUUUAUUGAUCACAUCGCUGGUGUAAAACAUUGCAGCAGAUAUCUGGCAACUAAACCUGAACAUAUGAUCCCUGAGGAUGAUUUGGGAGAUGUAAAACUGAACAAGAAAAUAGUUAUGAAGGCAAAGCUUCUUGAGCAGUUGGAAGGAAGGGGUGUAAUGAAGGUGAUAAUGUCAAGUCGAGGUCCACCUUAUAACAAUUCAAACACUGAAUCAGCGGCGUUCAAUGGCGACCCUGGUUUGCUUUCAGAUUUCAUCAACAUAGCGCCCGAAGAACAAGCAGCUUCGUCAGAUACAACCAAGGAGCCAGCGAUCCAGAAAACUGGGAAAAAAGUGCUUAAGAAACGGUGCGACUCUAAAGAAGGAGAGAUAUUGCAUGGUAAACAAUGUGGCGCAACAAUACAGCCAGACGUUUUGGGUGCAAAUGCAAAACAGAAUCGGUCAAAACAUAAAGCUACAUCUAAGGAGCCAGAGAUCCAGGGGCCUGUGAAAACAGCGUGUAUUGUGAAAAAAGGAACAGCUUCAACAUCGAACAGCAUCGUGGUCAGGGAAACGGCGCAGAAAGGAUCGGUGGUUUCUAAGAAACGGAGUGCGGCAUUGGGAAGCGAUUCUGAAGAAGACAACAUAUCCGCUCUUGCCAAGAAACGGCACAAGACUUUCAGAAUUGGCGGUGGUUCUGAAGAAGAAGAAGACGACGAGAUAUUAGAGACAAAUACGCUUAAUCCCACUAAUGUAUUGCCAGGCUUGCAAGAAACCAAACAUGCACAGGGAAAGGUUCGAAAAGAUCUUAAACUUGGUAAAGAUGCAGCUGCGGUAGUCUCGCAGCUGGACAUAUUUAGCAGCGCGUGUCAGAUUAUGAGUAACUGGUGGCUGGCGACAGGUGUUGCCCUGAAAAUCUUUGGUAGUGUAGAUCAAGCAGCUCAGUUUACGACCCUUCUUCUGCAACAUAGCGAUUUUGAUGAAAAACUCAAAACUGAUCUGUUACAACCUUUCAGAAUUUUACAGUCGGUCAAACCUGAUUAUUUGGAUGUGCUUAACAAGUGGGUGGAAAGCAUGAAAUAUUUGGACAAGUUUGUUUUGUCUGCCAAAAAGUGCGCGUGACCCAUAAGGAUGAGCCCCCGAAGACACAACAAUUGGAAAACUGCUUGUUUGUUAAGAUCACGUUUAAAAAAGAAAAUUCAUGCCACUAAACUAACACUGAGAAAAAAUAAACGAGCCCCUGCAAGAUCCCGUUUUGCGAAACAAAGAGCUGAACCAACUGAGGCUCUUAGAAUUGCCGAUCCUCAAAUGAAUAUUGAGGAAGCAGUCAAGGAGGUUAGAAAUGUUGAACAUGAAAUAAAUAUUGAGGAACCAGUUGAUGUGGAACAAAUGGAUGUAGAGCAACCAGAUGCUGAUGGUGUUGUGAAUGAGGCCCUGUUGUUUUUUUGGAAUGUUUGAGACGUUAUGAUAGAGAAAUGCUUAGAUUCAGGGCUGUUGAAUAUUCUGAGGAUUUUCAUUUUGUAAAUUUUGACAGAAUAGAGUCAUGCACAGGGUAUAGAAGCCGUGCAUUCUGCGAUACAAAGUAUUUUGGAUGAAUUAGCCCCGCUUAUAGGACCUAAUGACUUUGUGCAACUAAGAUUGAGUUCUGGUUCAUUAAACAAUCCGAUGUAUUCAGUGAGAAGACACCCCGGCGAGCUAAACGCCACAGAGUUUUUAGAUCACAUUUCUGCUAUGUUGCAAAGUAACACACAGGUUCUAACAAACGAUAGUCUAAGACUGGUUGUUACCGUGAUUAGGGCUAUGGACGGUGGCGCUCACAGAACACUUAAAAGCAUAGUGUAUAGCAAAAUCAUUGAAAAGAAGAGCUGUGUUGAUCGAUUUAAACAACACAGGCAACAAUUUGUGUUUUGCAGGCAGUGUUUUUGGGUUAGUACAAGAUUGUGUUUGUCGUGACUGAAUUGUUAGAGGGGGCUAAACGGGCUCCCGAGUGGCGCAUCCAGUAAAAGCACUCGCUAGAGUGCAGGAUGCGCUCUAUAGCCUGGACGUUGCGAGUUCGAGUCCAGGCUACUCCACAGCCGACCGUGGACGGGAGCUUCCAGGGGGCGGCGCUCAAUUGGCCGAGCGUCAGCCAGGGUGUCCUCGGCUCACUGCGCACCAGCGACCCCUGUAGUCUGGCCGGGCGCCUGCGGGCUUGCCUGUAAGCUGCCCAGAGCUGCGUUGUCCUCCGACACUGUAGCUCUGAGGCGGCUGCACGGUGAGUUCGCAGUGUGUAAAGAAGCGGGCGGCUGACGGCACACGCUUCGGAGGACAGCGUGUGUUCAUCUUCGCCCCUCCCGAGUCAGCGCAGGGGUGGUAGCGGUGAGCUGAGCAUAAUAAAAUAAUUGGGCAUUUCAAAUUGGGGAGAAAAUAAUAAAAACUAAUUGGCAACGACUAAAUUUAAAAAAAAAAAAAAAAAAGGGGGGCUAAACAAUUGCAUAGGGACCUAUGCUUUUCUGAACAGAGAAAGAUAAGUUUAUCGGAUGUCAAAGCGUUUGAAAACAAACUGAGUUUUACCAUUAAACUGCUUUACAACAAGGGGGAAUGGAAGUAUUUUGUAACGGGGCCAUCCGCUCAUUCGAAAAUUGUGUUUGUACUGCUGCAUGAAGAUCACUAUUAUGACGUUUUAAACAUAUUAAAGCGUUUGUGGGGGCCAGCUAUUUUUGUGAAUAUUGUCACGUGGCGUAUAGUCACAAAACUGAUCACUGUUGUGUAAAACGUGUUUGGAAGUUAAGGCUGAAAUACAGAGUUCUGUCUGCAAGAUGUUUUGUAGAUCGGUUGCUUGUCUAGAAAGACACGAGCUGAAAGCAUCCGCUGGAGAUAUUUCAUGUGUGAAAAAAAUGUUUUGUGAAAAAUGCCUGUAGACCACAAAUGCACGGAACGAGAGUGUAAACGUUGCGGUGUUGAAAUUGAAACUACCGAGGAACACUGUUACAUUGACUCAAUAGCCCCAAAAUAUUGCACGAUUUAUAUUUUUCGAUUUUGAAUUCAUGCAAGAAACCGGUACUCACGUUCCUAACUGUGUGUGUUUUACAUAUAAAUAACAAACAGCAGUGUGAUUUUUACGGUGAAUUCAUUGACGUUUCCUUUAGAGAUUAAACAUUUAUUUCACACAAUGGUAAGGCUUAUGACAAUUAUUUAGUUAUCUGGCAGUUGAUAAAAGAAAAAAUGAACAUGAAUUUAUUGACGCAGGGUGGUAAAAUAAUGUGCAUGACGGUUACAAGUUUAAACAUUCGGUUCAUAGACUCUCUGAAUUUUCUCCCUAUGAAACUCGCUAAUAUGCCUCAAGCAAUGGGGUUCAAGGGGUCCAAAGGCUGCUUUCUACAUUAUUUCAACAAGGUGGAAAACCAAAAUUAUGUAGGCAGUAUACCGUCUGUUGAUUUUUACGGCGCAAAUUUCAUGAUGCCUAACGAAAAAAACGAGUUUUUGGAAUGGUACGACGCAAACAAUAGUAACUAGUUCAAUUUCCAGGAAGAGUUGAAAAGCUAUUGCAAACAGGAUGUUAAAAUUUGGAGAAAGGACUGCGUAAGAUUUAGGAACAAAGUGUUGAAAAUGCGCAGCAACGUGUGAGCAAUCCCGGGCAGAUAAACGAGAAAGUGUACACAGGGGUGAAUACUUAUGCAAGGCACUGUAUGUGGAACACACGGAGCAUAUCGAUAUACAGCACGCGUUGAAUAUUUUCUAGACGGCUAUGCAGUAAUAAACGGUGUAAAGACGGCUUUUGAAUACAAUGGUUGUUAUUACCACGGAUGUGGAAAUUGUUAUUGGAAAAAUGAUUUAAAUUCUGUGACAAGUACAACGUUUGGUUGGCUUUACAAAAGGACGAUGAUAAAAGCAAAUUUUCUAAAGUUCCAAGGGUUUGACGUGCGAGUUUUGUGAGAGCACAAAUGGAAAGCUAUGUUAGCUGUUGAUCGGGAGCGUCAGGCUUUUCUCAGAGUCCACAAGUUUGCCCGAACCUAUGUCCCCUAGAGAUUCGCUGUUUGGUGGUAGAACAAAUGCUAUCUCUAUGUAUUACAAACCACAGCCUGGUGAAACAAUUCAGUACUACGAUUUUACCAGCUUGUAUCCUUUUUGUUAACAAAACCAAGCGAUACCCAGAGGGACAUCCUAAAAUAAUUGGCGAACUGAGCAGUGAGCUGCCAGCAGAGCAGUCUAUUACAGAGUUUGCAGCGACAGGUCCAAAAUCAUACGGUUAUAAACUCUCAGGAGGAUCCGUAUGUUUAAAAGUGAAAGGUAUCACUUUGAAUACUGAAAACUGCAAGAAAAUUAAUUUUGAAUGUUUGAAAGAUUUGUUUUUUGACUUUGCUAAAAACGCAGAUGAAACAGAGAGGAAUUUGAAGGAAAUUCUUGCAGCAGCAAGGGAUAGUUUGAGUUAAAAAGAAGUGGAGUCUAGAAACCAGGUCUUUAAAAAGAACGUUCAAGGUUGUGUAUGAUAAAAGGGUGCUUACAGAAAACUUUACAUCUUUACCCUAUGGAUAUUAGACUGAAACAUCCUUUUUCGUGCAUAUUGGCAGGGCCGUCUAAUUGUGGAAAAAGCUAUUUUAUAAAACAGCUGUUAGAAAGAGGUGAAUAUAUGUUAUCUUGCAAGCCUGAUAAUAUUGUGUGGUGUUAUAGCUGCUGGCAACCUCUCUACAAAGACUUGUUGUUAAAAUUCCCUUUUAUUAAGUUUAUAGAGGGUUUGCCAGAAACAUUUAACGAUGACGAUUUACUACCUCCCCAUAAAGUGAACCUGAUUGUUGUGGAUGAUUUGAUGGAAUCAGCCUGUGACAACAACGACAUUGAAAAGGCUUUCACAAAGUACGUUCAUCACCGAAACCUCAGUAUUAUGUACAUUGUACAGAAUGUUUUUUAUCAGGGAAAAAAUAGCAGAACAAUAACUUUAAACACAAAAUACAUGGUUCUGUUCAAAAAUCCUCGAGAUAAAUUACAGGUUGCAUUAUAUUGGCUCGUCAAAUAUACCCUAGAAAUGCAAAUUUUUUCAUAGAAGCCUAUGAAGACGCCUGCAAGAAGCCUUACGGCUAUUUUUUUGUUGAUUUUAAAUGCCAAUACGCCCAAUGACUAUCGGUUGAGGAGCGGUCUUUUCCCCCCUGACGCCUGUAGCUUACGUCUUUAAAAAACAACAUUCUAAAAGGGCUUGAUUCAUUUGAAAGCAGGUGAUCCGACAGUAACCAUGUCUUCACAUGUUCCCCGGAAUUUAACCCUGUUAAAAUUACUGAUAAGCUCAAAACCGCAGCAGAGGAAAGCCAUUCUGUGCACAGCUUCUAACGACCUAAUAGAAACUAUAACUGAAAUUUGUCUGAACACACUCAAAGGUAACAUACCACUGACAGACAAUUUGGAAGUUUUAAGAAAAAAAGAAAGAUUAUAAAGGCGCUGAGUAACUAGACAGUGUCGGCCAAAAGAAAAAGACUUUUGAUUAAGCAGUCCGGAGGUUUCAUCGGUUCCCCGUUGAGUGUGGCUGUACCGCUGCUUAGUAGUCUAUUUUCAAAAGGUUAAAAUGUUGGAGCACUCUGAGAAAAUGUAUCCUAUUCCUCAAAAGCAAACAGACAUGCUUAGAGGGAGUUCUAACGAUGGAUCAGACGUUCGUAAAUCGGCAACGCACAAAUUGGACGAGGAAAUGGGACAUUCUACAAAAUAAACAUCAUAGCGAAUAUGAAAAGGCUAUACGUUAUGAACAGAUACUGCAACGUUACUUAACUUUUGUACGACGGGGAAUCUGAGAAGGGAUCUUUGACACUGCACAUGCCCGAGCAGGGCACAGCCGCUGAACCUAACCAGAUUGCCAGCGUGCCAGCUGGUAACGCAGAGGCCUCAAACGCUGUUUAUUUAGAAAUUGUAGAUAGUGUAUGGCCGCGAUACAGAAAUAAUUUUGAAAUAUUAUUUAAAAUAAUGGUUCACAGCCGCUCUACAGCCUCCUGGAAUGAUAAAGAUGAAUUUGUGUACAACGGCAUGCCUAUUACCGGAUCACACAUGAUUGAUUUAGUUAGGUCCCUAAUACAAACAUGCAGUGUUCACGAGAGCACUAAACCAAAAGGUUACAAUGACUUUAUGGCAGCCAUGGCUGAAAUUAAUGCACCCAGCUCAGUUCUUGGCAAUGCUACAAAUAGAGAACUUUUGGAAAAACUUAAAACCAACCUUAGCAUGAGUGGGUUAGUCUCUGUAAUAUCACCUAUUACAAGAAAGCCAUCAAAACAGACAGGCUUAAAAAGUUCAGAGUUGGGCGCUGUGUCAGUGGUAUAUGAUACACUCGAUAGGGUUGAAACUUUUAAAAAACGCAAAUUGUUUAAAAGGCCUGAUUGGCUAUCUGUUUAAGGAUGUGCACGUUUUUGUUUUUUCUAUUUUCUGUGUCUUAUGUGUAAUUGCAAUGAGUUUGUUGUGAAUGUAACAAAGUGUUACAUAUUAUAUAUGCUUGCUGCGCAUUUAGGUUUAUGUUGAAAUUGUAAUAAAUACUAUUUCGAAUUAUUA